AUGGUUGAUGUAAAUGAAGUAACCGAAUUUAAUCUAAGAGGGACGAUAACAAUAUUAGUAACCAGCACGAUUAGUAAUUUAGCAGUUGUCUUGUCAAUCGGAUUCAUGUUAAGCUACAAUUGGGUCAUUAAGGGGGUAAUAGAACCAGGAAUUUACUGCGAUAUACAAGGGUUCCUCAUCAAUUUAGGAGACAUUUCCUCGGGAUUUUGGGUAUUCGUAAUAUGUUUGCACACUUACAUACAAUUGAUUCAUGAACGGGAAUAUCCACAUACAGUAUUUCUGUCCAUGAUAACCAUAUGGCCGUUCAAUAUCGGGUGUUACAAAAACAUGUAUUGUACGGUUGGCUAA